AUGAUUUUUUCUGCAUAUUGGUAUGUUGACACGCUUAUUUUAUUGGUGACUGCAGUUUACCUCCUCUAUAAAUACACGAGCAGAAAAUAUGAUUAUUGGGCAAAAAGAGGCUUUACCUUUAUACCCCCAAAACCCUUUUUUGGCAAUUUCUACGAAAUCUCAACAUUUCAAAUAACAAUAGGCGAAUAUUUAGCUAAACUUUACAACAGCACUAAAGAACCGUUUUUUGGUAUUUACGUUUUUAAUAAACCUUGUUUGGUUAUAAGAGAUCCGGAAUUGGUGAAGCACGUUCUGGUAAAGGAUUUCAAUUAUUUCGGGGACAGAACCCUUUCUGACUGCGAACAUGAUCAAAUAGCGCAUAAUAUGCUGUUUUUGUUGAAAAAUCCAGAAUGGAAAACCAUGCGAAAACUCUUGACACCAGUAUUUACAAGCGGAAAACUUAAGGCAAUGUUUCCUAUGAUUGAAGAAAUAGGUACUGAAAUGAAUAAAUACAUCAGCAAACGUUUGGAUAUGGAUGUGGUGGAAUCAAAGGAAAUUUGUGCCAAAUAUUCCACAGAUGUCAUUGCAAAAUGUGCAUUUGCAAUAAACGCACAUUCAUUUGAUAAUGAAAAUGCCGAUUUUCGAAGAGUAGGAAAAACAGCUUUUGAUUUUACAUGGUCCAAUGCAAUACAACAGACAUCCUUCUUCUUUUUACCAGAACUUGUUAAACUAUUUAAGUUUAAAUUCAUAAACUCUUAUGCCACUGACUUUUUGAGGGAAGUUUUUUGGAAGGCUUUGUUGCAUAGGGAAGCCACGAACUUGAAAGGAAACGAUUUAAUUGAUCGUUUGGUUGACUUAAGAAAAGAUAAGGAGUUUGUAAAAGCUGUUAAGUUUGAGGGAGAUAAAGUUGUAUCCCCGGCGACUCAAUUUUUCCUUGCCGGAUUUGAAACAACAAGUUCUACAAUUGCAUUUUGCAUGUAUGAACUGUGCAUACAACCAAACAUACAGCAUAAACUAAGAGAUGAAAUACACAAAACAAUUAAAAAACACAACGGGUUAACAUAUGAAGCCAUCAUGGACAUGAAAUAUCUCAACAUGUGUAUUUGUGAAACACUUCGAAUGUAUCCAGUUUUACCAUUUUUGGAUAGAAAUACAGAAAUGGACUACAAAAUUCCAGGAACCGAUAAAAUUUUGGAAAAAGGUACCCCCGUCUAUAUUCCAAUGUUUGGUUUGCAUUACGAUCCAGAAUAUUUCCCCGAUCCUAAAAAAUUUGAUCCAGAAAGAUUUUCUGAUGAGAAUGUAAGCAAAUUAACCAGUUUUAGUUAUAUUCCAUUUGGCGAAGGGCCCAGAAUUUGUAUCGGUGAAAGAUUUGGAUUGCUAGGCACAAAAGUUGGGUUGGCUAAAAUAAUAUCGGAAUACGAGUUGAUAAAAAUCAAAGAAACUCCUGUACCAUUGGUGUAUGAACAAAAAAGUUUUAUUCUGGCUUCAAAAACUGGUAUACCACUUAAAUUUAAGAAAUGUGUAUCACAUGCUGCUUAAGUGUUUAUAACAUAGAUUUGUAUGAGGUAUAGGUAAAAAAGUUUACUUUAAAAAUAAUUAUUAUUAUACAAAUAAAAAUACGGUAAUACUUGUUAUUUUUUUAAAUAAUUGUUGCAUGGAAUAACACAAUAAUUAGGUGCCAUAUUUCAUAAAAGGUAAACUUUUAGUUUAGGUAGGUGGGGUACUGUUUUUAAUUAUAUAAAUAUUUUACACAUCAUACAUUUUUUUGUUGAUAAAAUUAAGUAUUUAUCUAUCUAUCUAUAAAAGAUUAAAUUUAAAUAAUUAAAUUAAAGUAAUGGUAAAUAAACUAGAUAAAGUUAUGUAUGUUUUUAUUUGGUUUGUAUUUUUUUGUUAAUAAAAUUAAGU